CACUUAUAAAGUGCAACUCCCCAUCACCGCGCAUUCCAGUCUAACUUAUAUCCCUUUCCACGUAGGCUCGUCCGUCAGCGUCCUCUUUCUUCCUCUUCCCCGGUCCCAUAGCCCGCCAUGGCGUCGUCUUCCGAUGUCCUCAUCCUCGCGGUCGGACUGGUUCUCGCUGCAGUCUAUCUGUUCCGGGACCAGCUAUUCUCUGCCUCCAAACCCAAGUCUGCCCCGGUCGCUGCCCCCAAGGGGGGUGCCGGAUCUGGAAACCCUCGGGACUUUGUGGCUAAGAUGAAGGAAGGCAAAAAACGAGUUGUUAUAUUCUACGGCUCUCAGACCGGAACCGCGGAGGAAUACGCCAUUCGCCUUGCAAAGGAGGCAAAGUCCAAGUUUGGCCUUGCAUCCCUUGUGUGCGACCCGGAAGAGUACGACUUCGAGACCCUCGAUCAAAUCCCGGAGGACUGCUGCGUCUUCUUUGUGAUGGCGACCUAUGGCGAGGGCGAGCCGACGGACAAUGCCGUCACGCUUUGCCAGAAUCUUUCCGACGAGUCCUUUGAGUUUUCGAACGGCGAGCACAAGCUACCUGACCUCAAAUACGUCGUCUUCGGCCUCGGUAACAGGACAUACGAGCACUAUAAUCUCAUCUCGAGGAAUGUUGACCGGGACCUGUCGAAGAUGGGUGCCAUCCGCAUCGGUGAGCGCGGAGAGGGCGAUGACGAUAAGAGUAUGGAGGAGGACUACCUAGAGUGGAAGGACGCUAUGUGGGAGGCGUUCGCACUGGCCAUGGGCGUCGAAGAGGGACAGGGUGGUGACACUCCUGACUUCACUGUCACCGAGGUCGAAGACCACCCACCAGAGAAGGUGUAUCUCGGUGAACUAUCUGCCCGUGCACUGACACGUUCGAAGGGUAUCCACGAUGCAAAGAACCCGUACCCGGCUCCCAUUACAGUUGCACGCGAGCUCUUUCAACAGAGCGCCGAUCGCAACUGCAUUCACGUCGAAUUCAACACGGAAGGUUCUGGUAUCACGUAUCAGCACGGCGACCACGUCGGUGUCUGGCCGUCCAACGCGGAGAACGAGGUGCAACGGCUAUUAUGCGCUCUUGGCUUGGUUGAGAAGAAGGACAAGGUGAUCAACAUCGAGUCCCUCGACCCUGCUCUGGCAAAAGUACCGUUCCCCGUCCCUACUACCUACAUCACGGUCCUCCGCCACUACAUCGACGUCAGCGCUGUUGUUGGUCGUCAGAUUCUCGGAGUCAUGAGCAAGUUCGCACCCACGCCCGAGGCGGAGGCCUUCCUCAAAAACCUCAACACUAACAAAGAGGAGUUUGCGACCGUCGUCACCAAUGGCUGUCUCAAGCUUGGCGAGGUUCUGCAGCUGGCUGUCGGCAACGAUCUCGCUGUAGAGCCCACGCCGGAGAACACGACUGCGUGGUCGAUUCCCUUCGACAUCAUCGUCUCAUCCAUCCCACGUCUCCAGCCGCGCUACUAUUCGAUCUCCUCCAGCCCGAAGCUCUACGCGAACUCAAUCCACGCCACCGUCGUUGUCCUUGCCUACGAGACGAUCGAGAGCGAGAAGGUCAAGCAGCGCUGGGUGCACGGUGUUGGCUCUAACUUCUUACUCAACCUCAAAUUUGCUGCCACCGGUGAGAAUGCCGCUGUGCUUUCAGACAAGAGUCAUAUCCAACACGCUGCGGCCGCGCUGACGCCAAAGUACGCGAUUGAGGGGCCGCGUGGUGCUUACAAGCAGGAUGCGAUCUACAAGGCGCCUGUUCAUGUCCGACGAUCGACAUUCCGACUGCCGACAAACCCCAAGAGCCCGGUGAUUAUGAUUGGUCCCGGAACUGGUGUCGCACCCUUCCGUGGAUUCGUGCAGGAACGUGUCGCCAUGGCGCGCCGCACGAUCGAGAAGAACGGUGUGGAGGGUCUCGCGGACUGGGGUAACAUCCGCCUGUACUUCGGCUGCCGGCGCUCCGAUCAGGACUUCUUGUACAAAGAAGAGUGGCCUGAGUACGCGGGGGAGCUCCAUGGAAAGUUCACGAUGCGCUGUGCCUUCUCGCGGGAACCACCAUACAAGCCGGACGGCAGCAAGAUCUACGUGCAGGACCUACUGUGGGAGGACCACGAGGAGAUCGCAGAUGCGAUCCUCAAUGGCAAGGGGUACGUUUACAUCUGCGGUGACGCGAAGAGCAUGAGCAAGGCGGUCGAGGAGACGCUGUGCCGGAUAUUGGGUGAGGCGAAGGGUGGUACCGCGGAGGUCGAGGGUGCGGCGGAGGUGAAGCUCCUGAAGGAGCGCAGCCGCAUGCUGUCGGAUGUGUGGAGUUGA